AUGAGCGACCCUUCUCCCAAGAAGAAGAACGGCGGAAAUCCUCCUGCUCCGAGGCAGAUCCGAUUUGUCGCAACGGACGGCCAACCACAAACCAAGCGGCGCCGCGUUAAUGCCGCCUGUUUAACAUGUCGCCGGCGCAAGAUUCGAUGUUCAGGUGAACAACCGGUGUGCAAGACGUGUUCUGAUUACAAGCAUGUAUGCUUGGGAUAUACCGACUCAACGGCGCACCUGCGAACACAGUCCGAUUCCACGUCUCGGCCGCCGCCGCGCAUCUCCGAUUCGAAUGGAUCGACAAGCAACCAUGCUUCACGCGCUAUCGAAAGUAGCUCCCCCGAGCUAGCUCCAACUAGGAUAACAAACCCUGCUGUGGAUAGGUCUCCCGACACAAAGGCGCCCGAGUUCAAAGAUGUAUCUUCAUUGGAUAUGUUUUCAGGGAACAAAGAGUUGGAAGCGCACACUACCGAGGACAGCCCGAGAAGCAGCCGUGCCUCUGUGAGCUCAAGUAGUCGCACACAUGUGCCGUAUUUCCGCUACUUUGGCCCUACCGCCAUCGUCCCUGGCUUUAAACAAAUGGUUGUGCAAGUUCGAGGUUCUCGCAAGAGUAACCCUUCCAUGUCCUCGGACUCUCCCUCUCCCCUUCGGAGCCCCAGACCGUCCGACAGGCCUGCGGAUAAUCUCGCCAGACCCCCAGCUACGUCGGAGAAUCGCGACAAUCGCGACGCCAAUAUCCCAUUCUACGACCAGGAAGAUACGAUUCCAGUUUCGAACCUUGUGUCGCAUUUAUGUGAUCUUUUCUUCGCCCACCUCGGAUGUAACUUCCCUUUUCUUCAACGAGAUAGAUUCUUCCAAGAUCUCAAGGAUAAAAAGGUUGACACGAUGCUGGUAGAUGCUAUGUGUUCAUUAGCUGCAAGGUUCUCACCACAUCCAUUGCUCGGGCCUCCACAGGCGCAAUUCAUUGAAGCCUCGCAUCCGCCAACCGAGGAUAAAAAGUGGGAUCGAGGCCUACCAUUUGGCCAUCGCGCAAUGAGCGCCCUCGUAGAUUCAUUGCCAUGUCCAACUCUUUCUGCCGUUCAAGCCUGUUUAUUACUUGCUUAUGAGCAAUUUGGAUCAAACCACGAUAGCGGACUUUGGAUGUACCUUGGAAUUUCAAUUCGCAUGGCGCAAGAUCUUGGGUUGCAAAAAUUCCAAGGUCUCAAACACAAUUAUGGCCAGCGCGGUGUGACUCCAAGCGAAGUUAUGACAGGACACGCUGGGAAACUGAGAGAAGACCAGUAUGAUGAUCUUGAUGUUCAUCAUACCUCCAAGAUAACUCCUAUACCGUUGAUUGGAGAGCGUGCCCGGGAGCGUGAACGAGUAGACUCUUUUUGGAGCAUCUUCUUUUUGGACAGAGUCAUUUCCUCGGGUACAGGGCGUCCAGUGACACUGCGCGAUGAAGAUAUUGAGCUUUGUUUCCCCCUCCAGUCUGAAUCCCAGCUCCCCAAUGGGUGGCCUUCGCCUUUUCCACCACUUAUUCGAAUCAUCCAUCUCUAUGGCCGAGUUACUGAUCUUAUCAAUGGUAUUCAAGAUGUCAAGCACGUCACGUCAGACACGUUGAAAAUGUUGGCUGGCAUGGAGAGCGAUCUGACCGGUAUCUACCAACGCCUAUCUCCAAAGCUUCAUUUCAAUGCAGCCAAUUUCCAGGCAUAUGUCAAAGCUAAAGAGGGAACCAACUUCAUUCUUCUUCACUUUUGGUUUCAUACUCUCAUCGUGCUACUCCAUCAGCCAACGUUGUUGAACUCCUUUGGUGGAACAAUUCAACACCUCUAUCCGAACAGCCGAGAGCUUUCGAUGUCAUCUGCCAAAACAAUUGCCGAUAUCCUAUCCUUCUCUGAGCUCGUUGACGGAAAGAGCUUCAUCGGUAAUCCUUUCACCAGUCAACCGAUGUACAUCGCAGCCUGCGCUUUCCUGAUGGAAAGUGCUCACUAUAAGAUUCCAUCCUUGAGCGCGGCCUCGCCUUCGCCUCUUUUAGCGAAUCAAUCUAGUGGCUUCGUGAUGCCUACCAUGGAGUCUUCCAGUGGAACAGAACGAAAGUCCACCGCAAAACACAUCCUGCUCGCUUCUGCCGCUAAAGAGAAUUACCAGCGGUGUUACAAAGCUUUGCAAGCCCUUAAUACGUACUGGGAAGGCACUGGAUAUAUCCUGACAGUAUUGGACCAGAAGGCUAAGGGGAUUGUAGAUCCUCUUCUCUAUACUGUGGAGGACAUGGAAAACACGGACGGGAUUGCACUAGGACAACCUCUUGGGUCAGGACCUUGGCGUGCAGGCAAAGCACCGGCUGAUGGGUUUGAACCAGAAAGACCGGCCGGGGUCGCCGAUAUCCCAUCAAAUGGGAAAUGGUCACCGAACAUCGAUCCAAGCCAAGCCAUUGGAUGGGCACUCACGGGUGCUACGAAUUCCUCACAGCCAAAUUUGAGUCUACUCUACCAAAUGCCUACCACCGAGACUGAGAGUUCAUCACACCGGCAAACAUACUCGUCGCAGUACAGCCACAGCUAUCCGGUCCUACCAAAUGCCGGCGAGGGCCCAAGUUCAUCAUUCGCCCAACAUCUCCCAUCAGGAAGGCCUCAUGAGGAUAGAACAUCCUCGCUUGCGGCAGCAAAUGCUAAAUAUUCUGCAAUUCCACCCGCGACCAUGAAUGCCGAUUCCUCCUAUUACAUGGGCCUCAACUCACCCUAUCCAGAUUCCAGCACUCGAACUACCCGCCCGCUACAACCAAUCCAGCCCACCUUCUCUGGCCUCCCUUCCUCACAGCUAGAAACCCAACCUUCCGCCUUUGCCUAUUCAAUACCCCCAACUCCCGAUCAUUCCAACAGACACCAGAUGGGCUCGGUCGGCCCUGGCACCGAUCUCCAUUCCAUGAACGCCGAUAGGAAUGGGAUGAUGAUCGGUAGCCACGAGGUGGAUAUGAACUCCCUCAAUCAUCAGGAAUCCUUCCCCUUUGCCAACGGCGAGAUACUGCCUUGGCUAGAGUAUCUACCGCAAGAUGUUCUCAGCUUCUUUGGCGAUCAUCAAAAUUAUCCACUUAUGAGUCCUGAUGAUGUGUCACGGCCUGAAUAA